GUGUGUGAGAGAGAGAAGAAUGGACAAGUCUAGGAAAGUAUUUACUGAUCUCCUAGAGGAGGCAGCAGUAGCUGCCAGCUCAUUGCCUCGUGAUCAACUGCUUUUUCUGUACAAUGGAAUUCCCUACCCUACCACUUUUUGCAGUCCUGAAGUAUUAAAAGCCUUGGAGUCCUUUGAAGCCAGAAGUGAUGAUGUAAUUUUGGCAGGAUACCCUAAAUCCGGCACAAACUGGCUAAGUCAAAUCUUAAAUGACCUGAUAGACAUAUCUCAAAAGAAAACACCUGGUAGGGAAAGCAGUGCGAAUGCCGAAGAACUAGCAGAAUUCCCCUACCUCGAAGUUGGAGAUGCUGAGAAAUAUGAGCGAAUGACCAAAUUACCUUCUCCAAGAUUUAUAGUUACUCAUCUCCGUCCUGAAAAUCUCCCCAAGUCUAUCUUCAAAAACAAAGUCAAGAUAUUGUUGCUGAUUCGUAAUCCAAAAGAUGUAGCUACAUCUUUUUACCAUUUUUCCAAUGGCCUGGCUAGUCUUCCCUCCUAUGACACCUGGGAUGACUUCUUCACAGAUUUCAUGACAAAGAAAAUUGCCUGGGGAUGCUACUUAGAAUACCUUUCUGAAUGGAACAAAUACAUUGACAAAGAAAAUAUUAUGACAGUAACCUAUGAAGAGGUAAAAGAGAAUCGUGCCCAGUCUGUGAAAAACAUAGCUGCAUUCUUUGGAAUUCCUCUGACUGAGGAAGAGCUCCAGCUUGUGGUAGAAAGGAGCAGCUUCCAGUCUAUGAAGAAAAACUCAGAGAAGACCCAUGGGACAAUGGGCAAUCUUUUCUUUCGAAAAGGUGGUGUAAGUGACUGGAAGAAUCUUUUCAGUGAAGAUCAGAAUAAGAAAAUGGAUAAAGUAUUUGAAGAACUUUUAGGAGGAACUAAACUCGGAAAAAAGUUGAAGUAUGACUUAUACUGCAAAGCCUGAAGAGUAAUGAAAUAUGGUUAGAAUGAGAAUUUUGCAAGGCAGACUCAGAUCAUCUGAAUGUUAUACACUGGAAAUCUAGAUCAAACAAUCCAAUCAUCUUAGAAUUACUAUAAGAAUCAUUGCAGCAGCAUUUUUAGUGACAGUGAUGAGUAAUGACCUUUUGUUUUACGGUGAGGUCUUUGGCUAUUUGCUGAGGAAGAUGUCGACUAAUCAUACUUAAAAACCCUCAACAGCCCUGUUCCAGCUGUCACCUGGAAGGAAACGUCCCUUUUCUUUCUAGCCAAAUUCUAUCUUUCUAGACUAUUUAUAAUUAUUUAGUAUGUAGGUUAUUUUUUGGUUCAAAAAUGUUUCAAAUCAGGUAACAGCUUCACAGAAAAUAUCACUAGCAAAAAUAUAUGACAGAAGCCUAAUGACAGAGAACUUCCAUAUAUUCAGCACAAACUAAAUCAAAGAGGAAGGAGAAAGAAGGGGAAUAUGGAUCAGUAUUCUUAAGACUCUUCAUCCCUCUGAAUGUAAAAUAUCAAGAUGGAUUUCAGAUGAUGGGCUAAUGUUAACAGGCAAGAUUCACUCAGAGGCACUGCUUUUUACAGGAUCACAGAGCAGCCCAGCUCGGAAGACACAUUGAAAAAUCAUCUGGUCCAACCUUUCAUGAGAAAGGGAGUCUGGAUGAGAUUCUAUCUAGAUAUCUUAUCUUGAAAACCUCCAGUGAUGAGGAUCUUACCAUGUUCCUGGAAGCAUUGUUCCAUCAAAUGAUUGUUCAUGCUGGAAAGUAUUUACUUCAUUUAUCAAGAUCAACCCUCUCCUGUUGCAACUUGAACCCACUGCCUGUUUUCUUUUCCAUAUGUGAAUAGGAAGCCUUUAUCCUCUUUGUAGCUGCCCUUUAAGUACUGGAAAUUGUGAUGAGGUUAUCUCUGAGACUUCUCAACUUUGUGGUCCUCCCUUGGAACCCUUCUGGUUUGUCUGUGUCUUUCUUGAAAAUGCCUCUAUUGAGAUAGGGGGGUUGUCAAGAGUGAUGUGUGUGUGUGAAUGGUGAGACAUUGCUAUACCCAGCUCUCCUGAACUGCCAUUGGCAUUUGCCUCUUUAGACACUGUAUUUCAGUAUUUGUCCAGGGACUUGUUCUGGAAAAAAACGCAAAAUAAGGUUCUGUAAUUAUAAUUGAAUUAAAAAUUGGAAAAACCCCACCCAAUUUAUUGAUCCAUCA